CGGCCAGUGAACCACCUCGAUGGUGAGUGAUGUGUCAUGUCGUGAGUGUUCUACCUGUGACGACUCUUGCCCCCCUUUCUCUCCUUUUCUUUUGUCUCUCCCUCUCUUUUCUCUUUCUCUGUCUCCCUCCCCAUCCGUUUCUCUUUCACAUCACAACGCACACCAUGCAAGCUUUGCGUUUGUUGGUGGGGUGGUUGCGGGUUCUCCUCGUCCCCUUCCACCCUGCCCGCCAUGCUUCAAUUUAUUGAAAGCAAAGCGAUACAAAGCCCUACCACCCUCGUCUGAGGGUGCGGGUAGCUGCGCGAUCGCAUUCCUAGUGCCCUUUUUAUAACAUGCAUAACGGAAUUGAAAGCGUUUGAUACACCUCACUUUGUGCGUGCGUGGUUUCCCCUUUUCUCCCUCUUUCAUUCCUUUUCUUCUCCCUUGCCUUGGAUACACACCUUCUCUUCUGUACACUCACACCUUGUUGGAUUGUCGGCCCUCGCAUGAUCUUGCAACUAGGUUGACUUGAUCCUUGGAUUGGC